UGACGCAGGUCUGAAAUAGAAGCACCUCAUUUCGGCGCCUCACUCCUUCAAUGCUCUGGAAACCCAGCCCUCCUCUGCUCCGGGCCCAGGAUGUGGAAGAUCAAGUGGAAACACUAGUGAUGCAUCCAGUCCUAAAGGCCUUCGUGUGUGGCUCCAUCAGUGGGACUUGCUCCACACUCCUCUUCCAACCCCUUGACCUGCUGAAAACCCGCCUGCAAACUCUGCAGCCUGCUGUGAAUGGGUCUGGUCGUGCUGGGAUGAUAACACUGCUCUUUAGGGUUGUUCGUACUGAGAGUCUUCUGGGGCUCUGGAAAGGUGUCUCUCCAUCCUUUGCAAGAUGUAUUCCUGGGGUUGGGAUUUACUUCAGCACUUUGUACAUGAUGAAGCAAAAGUUUCUAGUGGACCGUUCACCCACAGCCCUGGAAUCUGUCUUUCUGGGUGCCACCGCACGUGCGGUUUCUGGGAUUUGCAUGUUGCCAGUGACUGUAGUGAAGACCCGAUAUGAGAGUGGAAGAUUUGGCUAUGGGAGUGUAUAUGGAGCUCUGAAGAAUAUCUAUCAGACGGAAGGGGCUCGUGGCAUGUUCAGUGGGCUCACCGCAACGCUGCUGCGGGAUGCACCCUUCUCUGGCAUCUAUCUGAUGUUCUACACACAGACCAAAAAACUCACACCUCAGGACCAGCUGGAUCCAGUGCUUAUGCCCUUGCUGAAUUUUGGCUGUGGGAUCUUUGCGGGAAUCUUGGCCUCGCUGGCAACGCAGCCUGCUGACGUCAUCAAAACACACAUGCAGCUGUCCCCCCAAAAGUACCACAGGACAAGCCAGGCCAUUGCCUUCAUCUACAAGGACUUCGGGUUGGUCGGCUUUUUCCGAGGUGGUGUACCCCGUGCCCUCAGGCGGACUCUGAUGGCAGCAAUGGCAUGGACGGUGUAUGAACAGAUGAUGGAAAAAAUGGGCUUGAAAUCUUGACUGACUUGCACAAGAAAUGACCAGCUUCACCUCCUGCUUGCUGUGAUUGACUGGCACUAGGAAGUUCUCAGUUCUACAGAGGAAUAAGCCUUGCUCAGCCAGGAGGAAGAAGGCCCUUCUGAGACAGGGGUUAGGCCUUUUGGCAAGUAGAGGAAAGAAGGAUCGGAUCUUUGCAUCAUUUGAUCAAUGCAUUCCAGAAGGACUCCACUUGCAGACUGCCACGGGAAAUGGCAGGGUUUCCACAGCCUAGUAACUAUGCUGGGAGAAAAGCCACUUUUUAAGAGCUCUGUGCUCACCACCUUUAUGCAAUGAGACAUUGCUGAGCAAAAGUGUUUGAGGAGAAAACAGUGAUUGCAGAACCUGCCAGCUUGUUCCUUGCUGGUCAGGCCAGUAAGGCCACAAUGACCCACCGUCUGAUGUAGAUCCUCCUUCCUCAUAUUCUUUGUUCUCACAGGGGAACGUUGCAGACCACAGUGGGAGACUGGAUGUGUUUCUUAAUGCUUAUAUUGCAGGAGUGGGUGGAAGAGAAAUGAAGUGCUGAAGGAAAGCUAGGAACACGCUCUCUGUCAUCACUUUUGUACUGUGCAUGAUAGCAGAGAAGGUAACUGGAACCUCCUUGCUGUGUCAUGUGUUAUUAUGUAAUUGAGCAUCUUAACACUCUUGAAACAUGCUUCUGCCUCUACAGCAGUGUUUGCACAGGAAUUAAGAAGCAUAAAGCACUUUAGAGUUGAUUGCUACCAAAGUUCUGCUUGUUCUCUGAAAAACAUUUUUCCUGCUGGUCUGACUAUAUCAGGAACACUCAAGUGUAUAUAUAUAUAUUUUUUAAUCCAGUUGUACUAGAGACUUAUUUGUGUCCUAUUAUGCAUUUGUCAAUCCCUGAUCAACACCCUCAGUGCGAGCUGGUCCUUAGGUGUAGCUUCUGGGUCAUAGCUCAUAAUGCAUAAAUGUAUAGUGGAAGCAGAUAUAGAUACUGACACUUCAGAUUUCUCUUAAAAGCUGCUGCUGAUUGCAUGUGGAGUAUCUUUGGGUUUGGAAAGAAAAGGCUAUUCUUUUCUGUAAGCUUUCUCCAAAGUUUGAGACCUAUGAGUGUUUUGUAGGGAACUUUGAUUCUCUUUGGGCUCCACACAGACCCUUCAGAGUUUCCUGGCUGAUUAUUUUCUAUUAGCAGGUAGUCCAUACUUCAGUAUUCCUGAGUUUAGGCUUAGAGAUAAAUACACUUUUUUCAUCCACUGUGCCUUCUUCCUCAUUUCUACUUUGUUACACAGACCUCAUAGCGUGUGCUGUCCAAACUUGGGUACAGCCUGCUCCUUUCUUCAGUUGUGCCUCUGUGCUGGCUGGCUGGGUUGGGACUCUUGCAGCUCUGUUAGCAUUGCCACAAAGCUGGGCGUGGAAGUGUGCAUCCUGUUCUAUAGUGUGCCUUGCAGAAAACAUAGCUUUGGCUUUUAUUUUCUUAAAUAGCUAUGGAUAUUACAAUUCACUUUAGAAACAGAGCAGAUGUCUCUAAAUAUGAAGACUUGACACUGUAGCUGUACGAACAACCAGUACUACCCACCUGUUGUUCGUAAAAUUUAGAGUAUAAUUUGCACAAUCACUGCCUGCCCUGACAACCUCAUGAGCAGAAGAGUAGAGGGGAUGUAGGCUGUAAAAGAUGUUCUCUACCAGAUUCCAACUCCAAGAAGGUUUGAUGACUGAUGUGAAAGUUAAGUCUUGAGUGAAGUGUAAGGGGACGAGCUGGAGGCUUGGAAGAUGCUGCCUAUUUUGAGCCUCAGCCCAUCUGCGAGGGGAGGCUGGCGCUACACAGUGCAGGAUUAUCCAAGAAUGGUGGUGGAGGGUCCUGUGUGCACAAGUGUACUUAAUAAUAGAGCACUGCAUCAAAUCAUUCCACGUUGUGACUGACAAGCUGUCACAUUCCCUCUGCUGCUUCUCACUGUCAGGCAUGUGGGCACAUGAUUUGCUAAAUAUGAAGAACUGUUCCUUUCUUUUGCUGUCCCUCCUACCCUUAGUGACCUGAACUCGUGAGAGUGCAUGAAACAGCGGUAACUGCACAUCCUGCUGUUUGUUAUCCUGAGCACUGCUGGCACAGAGAGCUGGAGAACCAAGUCUAGGAUUGUUGACUUGGCGGAGUAAGGUGGCAAUUACAUGAAUUACGUCAUUUGUCUUUUAUUCCCCUAUGCAUGGGAUCAAACCGACAUAUUGUACUGGAAGCCUGAAUUUAUUUGGGGCUUUCUUAAUGUGGUGUGUGAGUUGGAUCUGUUGAUCAUCCUGGGCUGUGGCAGUGAAGGGCUGUGUAUGGUGUCGCCUGCAAGGUGCUUCACGAAUAUUUUAGUUCCUGAUUUAGCAAUGGCAAAGCAGCGUGCAACUUGUGCAGACAGAAACUUAGGCUCUUAAAAAUGAGGCAAGCAAGCAAAGAAUGCCAGGUGAUAAAUCUUGAAUUAAGUAACGUCCUCAUCAGAAACCUGAAAUGCAGGAACACUUCAGUGGCUUUUAUGCCCUAUACUCCUGCCUGGUCAAGUAACAAAGGAAAAACUAGAGAAUUUAGUCCGGUGUGCUGGCGUUUUAAAGUCUACUGAUUUUUAUUUUAUUUUAUUUUUUUUUUUAAAUCUGUAUUCAGGCCUGAAGCAGUGUUAGCUUUUCCUUUGGGAAAGUUCUUCCAUUCCCCUUACUUUGUGGAGAAUGUGGAGGCUCUUUGUUGUUGCAGUAGAGUGAAAAAGUAUAUGCUUUUGACUUGUGAAUUAGCCUGGGCUCCUUUUGAGUUUAAGAACUAGAGAAUCUAAACUGCACUGUGUUUCAUCAACCCUUGGUGCUGCAAAUCCAAAAACUUCUCUCCAUGUGAGCUAGGGAGAGUGAGUUUUGCGGUGCAAGUUUGUUGUUUGUUUUUCUUUUAUUUCUUUUGUCAGAUCUCAUAUAUGGGGGAAGGGAAAGCCUGAAGUCCUGUUUCACUGUCUUCUGAAAGCUGUAUCACGUAGGCAGGCAGAAGACUGUUUCUCAGCUCUGAUCCUUACCAUCCUUCACCCUUUUCCCCUCUUCAAAAACAUUCUGUUUCUAAAGUGAUUUAUUGAAGUUACUUCUUGAUAGCUAUAGCAAGUCAAGAAAAACAAGUGUGCGGACUUGAAGUUUAGAUAUAUUGCCCUUGAGGUUGUAUGCUUCUAAUUAACAACAAAUUAGAUGUCACUGUACAACCUAAAUGCAAAGUAAAUCAAAUAAAAGAUCCGGACACAGGUGCUUAAUCACCUACCUGCAUCAUGCCAGCAGUUCAACACUAACAAUCCUAUCAGAUAAUAAUUUCCAAAGCUGUCUUAGCUUGGACUCCAGAGAAGGUGGUGUGAUCCCUUCUACAUAUGGCAGGAUCACAGUUGGAUCCCUAUGACCUCCGUUGCUGGCAAUACACUGUUCGUGAACAUGCGCUGUCUCUGCUUGCCUCUGCAGCUGUGGUGUAAGAACGCAGCUGGUUAACAUGUUGAGGCAGUCAGUAUUUAAGUGAGUUGUAAGGACACGAGAAAUAGUCGGAUUAUUUAUGUUUUAGAAACUUCACGUUUCCAUUCUUCCUGUGCUGAUUUUUUUUUUUUUCCCCCUUGCACUGUUUAAACAGAACUGGAGCUUUGGAACAUUGCAUAGGUUUGAGUAUUGUGAGUGUUUAUGUGUCUAUAUAAAAUAUUUAUGUGAAAAGCUGUAUUAUAUGUUUCUAUUAAACUGGUUGCCAGAA